CAAAUUAUUGAGACCAAAUAACCAACUCUUUGUUUUAAUGGAAAAAAAAAACUACUGAAAUUUCGGCUCACUUUUGUUUGCAUGAUUUUUUGUUACCACGCUUCAACUUCUUUUGUUUUAUAUUGCAUGAUUUUUCUUAACAUACUUUCCAAAAAAAGAUUAUAAGGGUGACAUGAAUUUGGUUUUACUGUUAAAUAUUAUUUGAAAUAUUAAAAUUUGAAACCUACAGAUUAAAGCCUGGUAACCAAACUCUUGUUCCCCUUGUUAUCAUACUUCAUGAACUUUGCCAUGAGAUUCUUAAUUAAGGAUUAUAGGUCUUUAUACAUCCAGCUCAACAUUUAGCUAUCCAGUAUGGGUUUGAGAAGCGAAUCUUUGUUUUACCUUGUUAUCGUUUUUUUAUCAUAUAUUAAAUAUUUAGCGGUAUUAUAUUAAAUUCGAUACAAUUUUGCAAUUCAUACUAAUAAAGUUAAGCAUAAAAUUUUUAUAUAAUGGGAGACAUAGGAACACAAGAGCAGCCCAUACCUCCAUCCAUCAUCGUUACUACUUACUUGUGGAGAACAACUUGGGAAGAGUGACUUCAUUAAGGUGGAAAUUGUUAUGUUAAGUGUUUGGCUUGACAUUUUGUUAUCCUACUUUUCUAUGCAUAUUUUGAAUUUCCUCACGUGGAAUGCGCCGCACCAAUCGGGGCGGUGGAAUUGAAUUUUUUUUUAUUGAUUUAAUUUUCCAUCAAUAAAUCGCCACUACUCUUUGAUCUUUCCUCUUGUUUGCUAUGUUUUCCAUUAUUCUGAUGAAUGAACAAGUCAACUACUACCGUCUUGACGAAGAAAAGUAGGGAAAACCCUCCUCCGCCUCUUCCAGUUGUGGCUUAAAAACAUAGAUCUAUUCUUUUCUAACAACUCUCUCUGUAAUUGGUGAAAUAUGAAUGCGAUCAUUAAAUUUAAUGCAUACAGGUAAUUAUUUUGAACUUUUAUGGCUGGACUUUGAUGAUUCACUAAGUUCUCACUUAUAUUGAAAAAUAAUAACAUCCAAUCAAAUAAUUAACUUGGUUUGAAACUGAGAUGAGAUACGAAUGAAUCGCGCGUAUGAAGUAUCCAAUUGAAAAACACAAUAAAAUGUCGAACUCUAAUAAUUCGAUUAUUUUAAAAAAAUUCAUCUCGAGAGUUGCUUGUAGAUCCAAACAACGCAAAUAAAGAGCACAAAAUUAACAUACUAGUGAAAAGAACAAAGUUUUGUGGACUGAUUUGUUAGUAUAACCAAAGUCUUAAUCAGUCACCAUUCCGUGAAAGAAAGAUCCAAUUCAACGCCCCAAAGAGUAAGGAAAAAGGGCAAGCAAGGUAGCCAGCUGGCGGUCGUGACGCACAGUGUGACGAAACUCGAAAAAAAUCCCGGUAAAAAAGUCUUCACAAAUCUAAUCUUAUUUUGGUCUUCGUCUUCGCUCCCUCCGCCCUUUUUUAUAGCCGACCUCUCCUCUCCCCGCUGAAAGAACGAACGUCUUCCACACUAUUUUUUUUUUCUCCCCUUUUCCCUCCAUCUAUUUCUAGUCUCCCUCUAGACUCUCUCCAACUUCCCCAUUUACUCUCCCUCUCUCAAUUUCUCCCUCUCCGGCCAAGAUUUAUAUGGACAAAGGAUGGUGUCUCGCCGUUGAAUCCGACCCUCCUCUCCGCCCAGCCGCAGCAGCUUAUACCACCACUCCCUUCUCCUUCUUCCCUCCGCCGUCCGCCGGAAAUCCCAUGAUGAGGAUGUUCCAGUUCCCAGACGUCGAAGCCCUCCACCACGCCGCCGCCGACCGCCUCCACGCCGCCGGCGAAGUCGACUUCUUCGCUCACCACCACCACCACAACAACAAGACCACGUCUCCUUCUGAUGAUAGUAGUCACAACGACGACGAUGAUCAAGUAAAUACUGGAUUGCAUCUUCUCACUGCGAACACGGUGAGCGACCAAUCAACGGUGGACGAUCAGACUCAGGAUCAUCGGACGACGGACCACGAUGACAGCCGGUCCAAGCCCGAGGCUGAAUUACAAGUUGAGCUACGAACGAUGAACGUCGAAAACCAGAGAUUAAGGGACAUGCUUAGCCAAGUCAGCAACAACUACACCUCCCUCCAAAUCCACCUUGCUUCACUAACGCAUCAAACCCCUAACCAACAACAAGUGGUUCCGAGGAAAUACUUGGCAUUGAUGCCACCUGGAGAAACAUCCAACUCAUCCUCCGGCUCCGAAUCCUCCCCGCGCAACGGGAAGCGGCCGUCGGUUAGCGGCGGCAGGGGAGAGAGUCCGGAAUCGGCAACCAACAAAGCCCAGAAAUUAUCUCCUCCUCGUAGUAACUCCACGGCCCAACAACAACAGCAGCAGCAGCAGCCCAACAACAACAACGCCGAGGCGGCCAUGAGAAAAGCCCGCGUCUCGGUCCGGGCCCGCUCCGAGGCCCCGAUGAUAUCGGAUGGGUGUCAGUGGCGGAAAUACGGGCAGAAGAUGGCCAAGGGCAACCCCUGCCCGCGGGCGUACUACCGCUGCACCAUGGCGGCGGGCUGCCCGGUACGGAAACAGGUGCAACGCUGCGCGGAGGACAAGACGAUAUUGAUAACCACUUACGAAGGAGGACACAACCACCCUCUCCCACCGGCGGCGAUGGCGAUGGCGUCCACGACCACGGCCGCCGCCACCAUGCUGCUCUCCGGGUCGACGUCGAGCGCUGACGGCGCCAUGACGAUGAUGAUGGCGAACCACCCGAACAACUUGCUCGCCAGGGCUAUGAUUCCCAACGGCGCUGUCCACAGCAACAGCAUGGCGUCGAUUUCGGCCUCCGCUCCGUUCCCCACCGUCACGCUUGACCUCACCCAUACGUCACCACCGAAUAAUAAUAAUAAUGAUAAUAAUACGCCGGUGCAAUUGCAACGGCAGCGGGAGACGUUUGGGAUGUACAACAACCAGACGAAAUUCUCGGGGGUUCAGUUGUCACACGAGGUCGCGAAUUCACCGUCACAACUGCUACAGCAGUUGCACCAUCAGCAUCAGCUGCCGCCACGUGUCGCAUCGCCGGUGGCGAGGCAGCAGGGCUCAAUGAUGGUGGAUCAGUCGGUGAGUGCCAUCACCUCGGAUCCCAACUUCACGGCGGCUCUUGCGGCGGCUAUCUCCUCCAUCAUGAGCGGCGGCGGCGGCAACCAGCAACAACAAUAGUAACGACAACACGGAAACAACAGCCAGGAAUCUUUGAAUGUUUUUUUUUUGUUCUUUUGUUCUUACUUGGAUGCUACGUCAUUGAUAGGCAUGCAACGUGGUCUUUUAGAUUGGUUGCUCUUUUUCUUUUCUUUUCAUCGUCAUGUGAGAUGUGACGUGCCCUCCAUCAUCAAUGUGGACAUAUAGGGUUGACGUUUUUACUGUAGAAAAACGUGGGAAAAUGUAUAAUCACUUGUUCGUUCUUUUAGGGUGCCGGCGGGGAGGGAAGGAAUUCUGUCAAACUUAGUGGCCUAGGGUUAGAAUUUAGAUAAAAGGCGAGACCAUUCAUUUCCUUUGUACCAAAGCUUCCUUCGUUUUAUUCUUCAGUUUUUUGAAUUUGAAUAACUUUUACCUACUUAUCAAAUGAAGUUAAUUAAUUGUUUGUUAGGAUGUGGUAUAGAUCCAUAUAUGGAGCUUUCCCAACAACUCGAACUAUUGAGUCCAACCGGUUAGUCUAUAAUAUGGUACCAAAGCAGGUUUGCCGUUAGGAACCGUGUUCAAAAAUUCGCGUGCUCCUCAAUAUUAACCAUUGAUUUAAGCAUAUAGUAUAUUCUAUCCGGGAAAACUUCAACUCUACAUAAGUUUACUUUCGUUUGACGAGGUAGUAUAUGAUAGGAGGUAGUAUAGAUUCAUACAAGGACCCAGUGGCGGAUACAUGGAGGUUUAGGGGGUGCCUCGGGACACCCCUAAAAUUUGGGAACAUGAUUAUCCAACCUUUGAUAGUAGUUUACGUAAUGGGUAAAAAAAUAUUUAAGUGGUAGUCGGACACCCCUAAAAUUUGGGAAAAGGAUUAUCCAGCCUCCUAUAAUAGGUUGCGUAUGGGUAAAAAUAAUAUUUAAAUAAUAGUCUAUGUAAUUUGAACUUGGGCCAAUGCUACUAUUAGUAUACAUAUUUUCAAUUAGACCACAACUCAUCUGUUGUUAUGUAUUAGAUUCAAAUAUAAUAAUAAAAGACUAUUUUUUAUCCUCAAUUAUUUUCAAACUCUAACGAUUAACUCAAUUACGGGCUACCCUUGUCUAUCAGGAUAUAUAGAGAGAGAUAUGCUUAGUAAUAAUGUAUUUUACCAUUUUUCCGUAAUAAAAAAUAUGUAUGAACUUUUAUUGUAAUUUUUACUAGUGAGAUAUUUUCAUAUUUAAUUAAAUUUAAUUUUUGUAAGAGGACAACCCUUUAUAAAAUUUCUGGAUCUGCCGCCACUGCAAGGACCUCUCAUAACAAUGACGCGGGAACUGGGAACUGGAAGUCAAGUAAUACGGCUAACUGGGUUUGACACGUUACAAACAAGGAAGUUGACUAUACGAAAGUACUUGUUGUAUAACGUGAAUUGUUGACGAAAGGAAAAGGAAUAUUAAUGUGAGGGCCUGGAGACUGGACUUAAUAAGGAAGGAGACUUCCAGGAAGGGAAGGCAGUAAGUUGUUCAAUCAAAAUCGCGUAAUAAAUUGGGCCACAUGAAACCAGUGACUUGCUAGCUGGAUUGGAUGGGAAAUACAGAAUUGGGGUUCUUCUUCGGAUUUAGUCAGGUUCUGGGAUGCACUUUCCAUUUUCCAUGGUGGUCAACUUUGGGAGAAGCCAGGGAAAAAAAAAAGAACCUGAAGGCGACGUGGCAGUUGUCUAUUAGCUGGGUUGGUUGCAGAAGGCAGCAGUCAGAUACGAUUGCAGAAUAGUUGAGUUGGCACUGGUCUGGUGGGUUGACAUGAGGUCAUUCACUUUCAGUCGUGGAUAUUAUUAAAAUUAAUUAAUUAAUUAACUCUCCAUUAAAGAUGUUAAAUAUGAACUGGGGACGUGUCGUGGGACUUGGUGAGUGGAGCGCCUCGUACCGCAUCUAAUUUGUGAAUGAAUCAUUAAUUUACUG